AUGACCCAAUCUAGUCCACUUUCAAGAGUAUUCCACACCAAGUCUGGUAAAGAAGUCUCAAUUGCUCUCGGUACUGGUACCAAAUGGAAACAAAAUCAAGACAUCAACGACAUCAGUUCAGAGUUGGUAGACAACAUUCUCUUGGCAUUGAAGUUGGGAUUCAGACACAUUGACACUGCUGAGGCCUACAACACUCAAAAAGAAGUUGGCGAAGCUUUGAAAAAGACUGAUAUUCCUAGAGAAGACCUCUGGAUCACCACCAAAUACAGUCCUGGCUGGGGAUCUAUCAAAGCGUACAGCAAGUCUCCCAAGGACUCCAUCGACAAAGCAUUGUCGCAACUUGGUGUUGACUACAUUGAUUUGUUUUUAAUUCACUCACCCUUUUUCACGGAAGAGCACACCCAUGGUUACAAUUUGGAACAAGUUUGGGAAGCUUUAGUUGAAGCUAAAAAGGAGGGUAAAGUGAGAGAAAUUGGGGUUUCAAAUGCAGCCAUACCUCAUUUGGAAAGACUCUUUGCAGCUUCACCAAGUCCUGAAUUCUACCCUGUGGCAAACCAAAUUGAAUUUCACCCCUUUUUGCAAAAUCAAUCCAAGAAUAUUGUUGAGUUUUCACAAAAGCAUGGCAUCUUGGUUGAAGCUUUUUCACCAUUGGCACCAUUAUCAAGGGUUGAAGACAAUGCUCUCGCUGAUACUUUGAAGAAAUUGGCUGAGAAGUACAACAAAACAGAGGCUCAAAUUUUGUUGAGAUACACAUUGCAAAGAGGUAUUUUGCCAGUUACAACAUCCUCCAAAGAAAAUAGAUUGAAAGAAUCUUUGGAAGUGUUUGAUUUCGAAUUGACUAAAGAGGAAGUGGAUGGAAUUAACCAGAUUGACUCCACAGUGAAAUUGUACAUGAUGGCAGGUACACCACAUCUUUCAAAGCUCCUCGCGUCGAAACAUUUGGAAGUGUCAGAGAUAUUUUGCUUCUGGAAACAGCUUUGCCUGGGAAUCCUCUACCUACACAGUCGAGGCAUUUGUCACCGUGAUUUGAAGUUGGAAAAUAUCGUGUUUGAUGAGGAGUACAAGUUCUUGAAAAUUAUCGAUUUUGCUGCUGCUGAUGCCGCAAAUGGUGGUCCCUCGGUUGGAUUGGUCGGGUCAGAAAAGUACGCUGCCCCAGAAACCUAUGCAAGCAUAAAGUAUGAUGGGAAAGCACUGGAUAUCUGGUCUAUGGGGAUAAUAUUGUACUACUUGAUGCAUAGUAAGUUUCCUUGGAAACAAGCCCAUCGGAAUGAUCCGCACUAUCGAGCGUAUUCAAGCUCGGUAAACCUACUACAAUUCAUCAAUGAGGGGUCAGAAAUCACGAGUCAGAUACUUGAACCUGAUGUGGAGAAAAGAGUCACAAUUUCUCGUCUAUGGGAAGAUUCUUGGUUCACUAGCUUACCAUUCUGUUCGGAGUCUAGCAGCUGUGGGUUAACUCAUACCAUCCGACAAGUGACUCUGUGA